AUGGCCAACGACAUCCACAACAUCUCCAUCACCGACGCCCUCACCGUCUCAAAACCGAGCAGACACAUCGAGUACACCGUCCAAGGCAAUCGGGCAGGGUUCGAGGCGUCUGAAAGGGUCGAAACCCCCAAUACGCCAGCGACCGUCGCACGAGCCAGAUCACAGCUAACGCCAGUGACAACCCCGACACGAACGUGGUCCGUGAACCGGCGGUACAAUGACUUUGUUGCGCUCGAUGCAGAGCUGCGCGCGUCGACAGGGAAGGAGCCGCCGCAGCCUCUCCCGCCGAAACACUGGUUCAAGCGGACACUGCACGACGAGGAAAAGAUCCGCGAACGCCGCGUCCGGCUGGAACAGUACUUGCGUGUGAUCUUGACGACAAAAGAUGCGCGGUGGCGGCAGAGCUUUGGUUGGGGCGACUUUCUCAACGUUGUCCAGGCCAAGGCGCUGCAGGCGGACAAGGUGACGCCAGCGUCGUGGCUGACGGAACACGGCGCCGUCGAGGGUCUCCUCCGCGGCGCACGCGCGGCGUUACUGAAGCGGGAUGCUCUCGCUCGUGUCGGUGACCCUGCAGCGAGGCAGAGCGGAAUGGACGCACGGAAAGCUUUGCGCGACGCCGGUCCGCGCAUCCGAGAACUCGAGAACACGCUCGCAGAGCUCACGCUCGGCGAUGGUGAGAAGCGGCGGCGCGAAGAUCUUGUUGCGUCCCUGGGAGCAGAGCACGGCAACCUCCUCCGCCAAGCCGAAGCGGGAUACCGGGCGGCGUUGGUAUCGAAGGGACGGAGUCCGUCCGGCCGCUCAAGCCCGAGUCCAGGCCGCACGUCGCCUCCAGGCCGGACAGAGUUUGUCGGGCGUUCAGGCGGUGGGCGCGUGUUUGGCCGCAAAGCCAGCCCGCCCAAGGAGACGGCGCAGACUCGCCCGCUUGACGACCGCGGCCUUGUCCAGCUCCAGGUCUCGCAGAUGGCGAGGCAGGACGAGCAGCUCGGCGCGCUCAGCGGGAUGCUCAGGACGCAGCGCAAGAUGGGCGAGGACAUUGCCGCCGAGGUUGCGCUGCAGAAUGAGAUGCUCGAGGGAUUGGAUGCGGACAUUUCGCGUGUGGGCGGGAAGAUGACGAGGGCGAAGAGGGAUCUGAACAGGCUCUAG